CUAACGGAAAUGUCUUUGUGAAGCAGGUUUCCUUAAUGAAAACGGUUAGUUGGAGUAUGAAAAUCAAUUAUCUUGGUCGGUUGUGGAUUAAUGUGAUAUUUCCUGAAGGAGGCCCACAGCAAUAUCAGCCAGCUAGUGAUGAGACGAAUUUUUUGGAAGCUGCCCUUUCUCCAUCAGUGGCGAUGAAGCUGUUACUUGCAAAUGGCCUGUGUGGAAUGACUCCUGAUCAGGGUUCCAUAGUGGGUGCCAUGUAUUUCAUUGUGGUGGGCAUCAUGCAGCUGGUGUUUGAAGUUGGUCAUCUCAGCAGAGCUACCGAGUACAUCGCUCAAGCUUCCCUCAACAGCACCACUGACUCCUCCAAAAAUAUCACCAUGAGCUAUCUUCUCCUACCUCGAGUCAGCUUCUUGUACUACUAUGCCCUGCUGUCACUGCAGAGCACCACUCUGGUUCUGGUCAUGGUCAUGUUGGCAGGCUUGUGGUUUCAGCGUUCGCGGGUCAUCCUGGCAUUCGCCGUUUGGCUGGUGCUGUUUGAUGUGGCCAUGGUGAUCUUGUUCUCCUUGUUGCAGGUGCAGAUGAGUACGGUGGGGCUCAUGCUGAGCCCUAUGGAAUGGUAUGGCUUUGUGUGCCGGCUGCUUGGAGACCCCUUCUGGCUGUCUUUUGUUAUCACCCACGGCCUUUUGGAGAGGAGCGGUGCAGGCUCCAGACGCCAGAGAGGCAGGAACACGAUGAGCACAGAAAAAGCAUUGCUGAAACUGAACUUUCAUGAACAAACAGCAUUUGACAGCAGUGUUUAA